CGCGGCAGGCGGGCCGCGCUACGGGGAAGGGAGGAGCAAGCGGCGGGAGCGAGCGGCGGGAGCGCGCGCCGGGCCCGUCUCGGCCGCCGCCGGGGGAGGAUCUGGGCGGCAGUGGGCUGCCCCGGCUAGCGGCGCCAGCCGGUGCUGCGGCCGGCCAGUGCAGCGGAGGUCGCGGGUCGUCCCCCUCUCCGCCCCCCGGAAGGGGCGAGAGGGAGCCGCAGCCGGUGUUAGGUACGGCCGGCGGAGGCGCCCUCGGGCUGCUGGUCCCGGGGCUCGGCUGCCGGCGACGGGGCGCGUGAGGGGACCGGGAGCGCGGACCGGCUGCCUGGCGCGGCCAAACAGGUGUUUGCGGCGGCCGCGGGUUCUCCCGGCUCUCCGGCCGGCGUGCGGCCGCCCUCACGCCGCUGUUCUCAGCCUCGCGCGCCGCGGGGCGGGAGGCACCGGGGCGGGUCAGCGCCUAGCGGUCCUGGCCGCCGCCCCACCCGUUCCAGCACUCCUGGACCCGGCACUCAGGUGCGGGCUCCUUCCUCGGCCUGGGCGAGCCCGCCGGAGAGCCUGCAACUGGCGGCCCCGCAGGUUGGUCUGGAGCCCGCUUGAUAAGUUUCUUGGCGGUUGACUGAGGGAGCAAGCCAGAUUGAACUAUUUGCCUGGCAUGGUGGGUGUAUAUCUUUAAUCCCAGCACUCAGGAGGCAGAAGCAGGCGAAUCUUGGUGAGAUCCAAGCCAACCUCGUCUACAGAGUGAGUUCCAGGCCAGCUGGAGCUACAGGGAGACCUGGCUCAAAAAAAGAACAAAUACACUUCAGGAAAUGGCCUCUAAAUCUUGGCUGAAUUUUUUAACCUUCCUCUGUGGAUCAGCAAUAGGAUUCUUUCUAUGUUCUCAACUAUUUAGUAUUUUGUUGGGAGAACAGGGUGACACUCAGCCUAAGAUUCUUCAUAAUGAUCCUCAUGCUAGACAUUCAGAUGAUAAUGGACAGAAUCAUCUAGAAGGACAAAUGGAUUUCAAUGCAGAUUCUAGCCAACAUAAAGAUGAGAACACAGACAUCGCUGAGAGCCUCUAUCAGAAAGUUAAAAUUCUUUGUUGGGUUAUGACAGGCCCUCAAAAUCUAGAGAAAAAGGCCAAACAUGUCAAAGCUACAUGGGCCCAGCGUUGUAAUAAAGUAUUAUUUAUGAGUUCAGAAGAAAAUAAAGACUUCCCUGCUGUGGGAUUGAAAACCAAAGAAGGCAGAGAGCAGCUAUACUGGAAAACAAUUAAAGCUUUUCAAUAUGUUCAUGACCAUUAUUUAGAAGAUGCUGAUUGGUUUAUGAAAGCAGAUGAUGACACCUAUGUCAUACUGGACAACCUGAGAUGGCUUCUAUCCAAGUAUAACCCUGAACAGCCCAUUUACUUUGGCAGAAGAUUUAAGCCCUAUGUGAAGCAGGGGUACAUGAGUGGAGGAGCAGGGUAUGUACUGAGCAAAGAAGCCUUGAAGAGAUUUGUUGAUGCAUUUAAAACAAAGAAAUGCACACAUAGUUCCUCCAUCGAAGACUUAGCACUGGGAAGAUGCAUGGAAAUCACGAAUGUAGAAGCUGGAGAUUCCAGAGAUCCCACAGGAAAAGAAACUUUUCAUCCUUUUGUACCAGAACACCACUUAAUCAAAGGUUAUCUACCUAAAACCUUUUGGUACUGGAAUUAUAACUAUUAUCCUACUGUAGAGGGUCCUGGUUGCUGUUCAGAUUUCGCAGUUUCUUUUCACUAUGUUGAUUCUACAACUAUGUAUGAAUUAGAAUACCUCAUUUAUCAUCUUCGUCCAUAUGGUUAUGUAUAUAGAUACAAACCUGACUUACCUGAGAGUAUACUAAAAGAUAUAAAUCAGGCAAACAAAAACGAAGAUGCAAAAGUAAAAUUAGGCAACCCUUGAAAGCAGAGUAUGAACAAGCUGAGAUGGAAUGUCAAGCACUGCACUGAAGGACUCCUACAUUUCUGAAGAAGCCUCAAAUCCCAGUGACUUGCCCAUUCUAAGUGAACAUUCCAUACAGAAAGCUUUCAAAUGAAUGACUAUAAACUGAAGCUUUUAAUGAGCUGUGAAGUCUAUUAAAAUGUGUUUUGAUACAGUAAUAUAUAAAUAUGUAUGUAGAAUUUGUUUUUAAAAUGGUGACAGGUAGAAGAACUGGAAAAGAUUUUGUUUCCUGUUCCUGAACACAUGUAUUAAUCACUUCAAAAUUAAAACAGUUAAAUUUGCUGAAACUGUACUGCACCAUGUUAGUAACACAAUACUAAACAGAUCUGCCUUAAAGAAAAUUUUAGAAUAUUGUUGCUCAGUGUUUAUAAACUCAUUUGUAGUAUGAUUAAAAAACAAACCACCAGCCUCCUAAUUGUCUAAUGAAAAUUUUUCUGUGAUUAUUUAUAAUUGGCAGUAUUUCUCCAAGAAGAAGGUAGAGUAAGAAUGGCACUUAACUCUGAGUGCACUAAUAAAACCACACUUCGAAAUUACCGUGGACCUUGGCUACAUUAUAUAUUUAGCUCUAAUUAAUCUUGUGUCAAAUCUCUAUUGUCUGUUUUCUAAAUGUUUGACUCUUAAAUACCAUUCUCCACUAUUAAUGUUUAUUUAUUCAAAGCAUUGGCAACAUUCUGUAAAACACGCAUUUUAAAAUAUUUUGUUCCCAAAUUCACCCAUUGUUACUUAUGGGUAACUAAUAAAUAUUAAAUUUAAUGCUAUCUGGGCAUGCUUUUCUUAUAUCAUUGCCACUCUCAGGAAUUACUAAAUGGCAUUUUUAAUCGAUUAUUUAGAACUCUUUCCAACUACAUAAUUACUGUUCCUUUUAUUCUCAUCCUGUUAAUGAGACUUGUUUGUGCCUUUCAUAGCUUGUUUAAAGCACUUUCAAAAUUCGUUUUUAUGUCUGAUAUGGCUGUUAAGACUGGCAAAAUAUUUUUAAUGCAAGUUUUGUCCAGAAUUAAACUGUAGCAACUGAAUGCUUAAACAAACUAAAAUACUACUUAUUUUAUAAGUAACAACUGUUUCAUGCCAACUUACUAUGGGAUAAUUGUCUUGUUAAUGGAUAAUUCUAACAAAGCAGAAUACCCAUUCAAGACUGCCAUCAAAAACACAUUCAUGAGGCUGGAAAGAUGAUCCAUUGGUUAAGAGCAUUAACUGCUCUUGCAAAGGACCCAGGUUUGGUUCCCAGCACCCACAUGAUGACUAACAAUUUGUAACUCCAGUUCUAAGGGAUCCAGUGCCCUCUCCUGGUCUCUGUGGGCACUGCAUGUACAUGGUGUACUUACAUACAUGCAGGCAAAACAAAGAUACACAUAAAUAAAUCAAUUAAAAUCACAAAUGUAUCGUUCUAACUUCAGUGACUCUCCAUUUAAAGAAUUUAUGGAAAGAUUAAAAGUUUUUAAGUUGCUUUUUUUAAACUCAGCAAUAUUGGAUGAAAACAGUAAUUUACUGAUUUUUUUCAUGAAAUUAUUAAUGUUGAAUAUGAUUUACUUUUAUGCUAAUUUUA